AAAAAUAUGACUAUGGAUCCCCCUGGGCCACAUGGAGUGAAGGAUGCCUACUGCUUGCUGAACUUUGGUGAUAGUAUCACAACAGAUCACAUCUCGCCAGCCGGAAGCAUUCACAAGGAUAGUCCAGCUGCCAAGUAUCUUGUUGAGCGUGGGGUUGAUCACAAGGACUUCAACUCUUAUGGGAGUCGCCGUGGUAAUGAUGAAAUAAUGGCAAGGGGAACUUUUGCCAAUAUUCGGCUUGUGAACAAGUUAUUGAAUGGGGAAGUUGGCCCAAAGACACUACAUAUUCCCACUGGAGAAAGGCUCUCUGUGUUCGAUGCUGCAAUGAGAUACAAAUCUGCCGGAGUGGACACUAUUGUCUUGGCUGGAGCUGAGUACGGAAGCGGAAGCUCGCGAGAUUGGGCUGCGAAGGGCCCAAUGUUGUUGGGAGUUAAAGCAGUGAUUGCUAAAAGCUUUGAAAGGAUCCAUCCGCUUAUGCCUGAGUCACGCGCAUUCAGCUUCGAAGGAUUAGUUAUGCUAACAACUCGGGAUGUUGUUUUUGCUUUCUUCGAAGGCUCUGGCUUUUCAUCUUCUGCAAUAAGGUCGUCCCAAGGCAGCAGGAUUAUGGUUUCCCUAUGUGAGUCACAGAUAUUGUGUGUGGGGACUUCUGAUACAUUACACAUUGCCGUCUUCUUAACGAAACCAAAAAAGAAAAGACAGGUUACAUACAUAUCAAGCUUCAUGAUUUCAAAAACUAACCAUCGUAAGCCUCUAAACCUUUUGCACACUGCCCUAGCUGGAUCAAUAAGGAUGUGA